CUGCAGCUUGCAUUUUGAUCUGAAUCUCCCUCUUCAUUGUUACCUCUGAACUCGUUUUUCGGAUAUCGUCUGUCGAAUAAACUAUUUUGUCCUCUUUUGGUUUGGGUGCUGCCAUCGGGAUUGUGAAUUGUCUGAAUUUGACAGGAAAAAGUCUUUUUUUUUUUUUUUUUUUUUCUGUCGCCAAGUUUUGUUGAUUGAAUCAAAGACUAAUUUCAACAUUUUGGGGCACCAAAACAGACAUGAAUUUCCUGUUACGUUUACGUUUAUACUAUUCACAGCGUGUCUAUGCAUUAACGUUUGAAGAAUUAUGGCGUGUUUGACUUAACUUGGAUGGUCCUCAAAUCUUUGGGUCUAAUAUGAUAAUUUCUAGAGGGCAUAUUUCGUGGGAUUGGUAUGGAGACGAAUAGAAUUUUCCAUCCACCUGGUAGUGAUUUGGAGUGUAUAAUUACUUUUUUGGAGUAAGAUAAAUGUAUGUAGUUUUGGAACCUUUCAUCUAACCAGUUGUGAUUUGGAGCUCUAUACCUUUCUUUUUUAACACUUAGAGUAAUGGACAUCAAAUUAUGGAUCGUCUUUUUCUGGUUGAACAGUUAAGGAGUUGAGUUCGAGCUAUGAUCUUUAGUCCUAAUAUAAUUGCUUUUGGAGGGAAGACUUAACCAACUCUAAAAGGAACUCAUCAGUCGAUCAAUUGCUAACUCAAAAGCAUUGACAAGAAAAGAGUUGAUUGAAGUGGUAGAAGUCUUAUAGACAUUGGUUCAUUUUGUUCUGAAUACUCCUCAAAAGGUCUUACAUUGUUGCUGCUCUGUGAAAAUUGUGCAUAGACCUGGAUCCAAUGGAGCUGAAGCCAAAUCUUACUCCAGUCCUUACUGAUGCCGCACCCUUGACAAGGUCAAGGCUGGGUGUGUCUUCUGGUUUGUCACCUUACUCUUCUCCAAAAGGGGCAACCUUUCCCCAUCACGGUCCCUUUCUGUCUAUUCCAAGGAAGAAGACAGGAAUUCUUGAUGAUUUUCGUUCUAGCGGUUGGCUUGAUGCCAUGAAAUCUUCUUCUCCUACUCGCAAUAAAGUAUCCAAGGAUCUCAAUCAUGGAAUUGGAUCACAUGAUGCUGCUUAUAGUACCUGGCUGCUAAAGUUUCCAUCAGCACUUGCAUCCUUUGAUCAAAUUACUAACUGUGCAAAAGGGAAGAGAAUAGCAUUAUUUCUUGAUUAUGAUGGGACUCUUUCACCCAUUGUGGACAAUCCUGACUGUGCGUUUAUGUCAGACAAUAUGCGUGCUGCUGUUAAAAAAGUCGCGGAAUAUUUUCCAACUGCAAUAAUCAGUGGAAGAAGGCGUGACAAGGUAUAUGAAUUUGUUGGAUUAAGUGACCUCUAUUAUGCUGGUAGUCAUGGGAUGGACAUUAUGGGUCCUCCCAGACAAUCUACUUCUGAUGAUCACCCUGAUUCUGAUAAGCAGGGUUUCGGUGAACUUAAUUUAUUCCAACCUGCUGCUGAAUUCCUGCCCAUGAUUAAUGAGGUACUUGGGUUGCUCAAGGAGUGUACAAAAGACAUUGAAGGAGCAACAGUUGAGAACAAUAAAUUUUGUGCAUCUGUACAUUACCGGAAUGUAGAUGAGGAGAAUUGGCAUGUUGUGGGACAACGUGUAUAUGAUGUUUUGAAGGGGUAUCCUCGUUUGCGUUUAACUCAUGGGCGGAUGGUUUUAGAGGUUCGGCCAGUGAUUGACUGGGAUAAGGGAAAAGCUGUCACAUUUUUACUUGAGUCACUUGGACUCGGCAAUCGCGAUGACGUGCUAACUAUAUAUGUUGGAGAUGAUAGAACAGAUGAAGAUGCCUUUAAGGUUUUGAGAGAAGCUAAUAAAGGUUGUGGCAUCUUAGUGUCCUCUUCCCCAAAAGAAAGCAACGCAGUUUACUCUCUUCGUGAUCCCUCAGAGGUCAUGGAAUUUCUGACAUCACUUGCUGUAUGGAAAUCAAGCAUUCAAGCUCGCUGAAAAGCCUUACAAAGUGUAUAGAGGAGAACAUACUCCGCUAUGCUAUAUAUAUAUAUUAGAGACGGUCUUUUUGUUUCGAUUUUGGGUUUGUUAGAAGACUUUCAAAGAGGUCUGCUAGAACAUAUUUGAGCUCAGAAGACCUCUGACCACAGCAACAACAUUGUCAACCAAGUUGUUUUGUUCAAGGAAAAUGUGUAGUAGCUGUAAAUCCCUGGCUGAGAAAUAUAAUAUAUAUAUUUUGGAAGAUCAAGGAGAAUCUGCUGAGAGGGCUUGCUUUUUUGUUCCCCCUUAAAAAGUUUUUAUUGUAUUUAUUUCAUAUUCUUUCUUCAAAUUUGGUUAUGGUCCCUGACCAUUCAUUGGGGAUUCAAUAUGAAAUUGUUCUGUUCUUUUUCUGUUGUUGAGAGGAUUAUCAUAAGUUAAUUUUUUUAACAUGUAGAUUGGAUAUCAUCAUUUGUAUUACAUAUUUAUAUAUCAGUUUGGUUACCACUAUAUAAUUAAUUGAUAGU